UGACUACCAUGUUUAAAACACAAUAUAGAUAACAUAGUAAUAAUGAAUAACAUAAGCCUAUCCAUUUCCACUCAUAGAGUCGUAGGUAAAAACAAUACUUCUAAGUUCUAAGUUCUAAGUUCCAAGUUCCAACCUUAACAAAAAAAUAAAAAAAAUAAAAAAAUGGUUCCCACCUUCUUCUUCUUCUUCUUCUUCAUCUUCCUCCUCCUCCACACAAGCUUCCUCUUCUUCUCCGCGCAAUCUUUCUGCUACAACAACGGCAACUACACUGUCAACAGCACCUACGCUGCCAACCUCAACGCCGUCCUCUCCUCCAUCCCCGACAACAUCGACGUCGCCUCUGGCUUCUACAACGCCUCCUCGGGCCGGGCCCCCGACCGGGCCUACACUACCGCCCUCUGCCGUGGCGACGCCCAGCCCGAGAUCUGUCGCGGCUGCAUCCGGAACCUCACCUCCGACCUCCUGGAGGCGUGCCCAUACCAGCGUCAGGCCAUCGAGUGGACCGAGUUCUGCAUCCUCCGAUACUCCAACGAUUCCCUUAUCGGGAUCCCCCCGCAGUCCCGGCCCGCCGUGUUCGUGUCGAACACGCAGAACGCCACGAACCCGGCCCGGUUCAUGGAGGACCUCCGGGCCCUGCUCGACGGUCUACGCGACCGGGCCGCGGCGGGAGGGCCCCGGCGGAAGGUAGCGGCCGCGAACGUGACCGCCACCGAUUUUCAGUACAUCUUCGCGCUGGUCCAGUGCUCGCCAGAUCUGACCGCCGACGACUGCAGCAGCUGCUUGAUCGGCGCCGCCACGGAUAUACCGACUUGCUGUGAUUGGAGGAGAGGGGGUAGGGUGUGGUGGCCCAGCUGCACCAUCCGAUACGAGACGUAUCCCUUUUAUAAUUUGACCAGGCUCCGGGAGCUUGAGCCGGCGCCGCCGGCGCCUGCCCCUCUGCCACCGCCGCCGCCGGUGGUGGUGCCCCAGCAACCGCCUCCGCCGGGAACAAGUGGUGGCAACAAUAGUACAACCAGAACUAUUAUCAUUGUUGUAGUAUCAGUUGCAGCUUCCCUGAUAUUAGCCAUUUUCGCGUUCGUUCUGUUUAGAAAGAGAACAAAACGAAAACCAGAGGAACAGCAUCAGACUGACGAUAUUAGCAACUCCAUCGAAUCUCUCAAAUAUUCCUUCACCACACUUAGAGAAGCCACAAAUGAUUUCUCGGAUGUUAACAAACUUGGUCAGGGUGGUUUUGGUACCGUUUACAAGGGCGUACUUUCAAAUGGCCAAGAAAUAGCAGUGAAGAGAUUGGCCGAGAACUCGGGACAAGGAGAUGUGGAAUUCAAGAACGAGGUCUUAUUGUUAGCAAAACUACAACAUAGGAAUUUGGUUCGACUUUUGGGCUAUUGCUUAGAAGGAACCGAGAAGCUUCUUGUGUACGAAUUCGUGCAGAAUGCGAGCUUGGAUCAAUUUAUAUUUGACCCGGUCAAACGCUCGUACUUGGAUUGGGAAAAACGGUACAAGAUCAUAGGAGGCAUAGCAAGGGGAAUCUUGUACUUGCAUGAAGAUUCUCAGCUUAGGAUCAUUCACCGUGAUCUAAAACCCAACAAUGUACUUUUAGAUGGAUCGAUGAACCCUAAAAUCGCAGACUUUGGCAUGGCGAGGCUAUUUGGACAAGAUGAAACUCAAGGAAAUACAAGCAGGAUUGCUGGAACAUUUGGAUAUAUGGCUCCGGAAUACGCAAUGCACGGCCAGUUUUCUGUUAAGUCGGAUGUCUUCAGCUUUGGGGUGCUCGUCUUGGAAAUCAUUAGUGGCGAGAAAAAUAACUGUGUUCGGCGUGGGGAGAACAUAGAAGACCUCUUGAGCUUUGCUUGGAAAAAUUGGAAAGACAGUACGGCGGCAAAUUUCGUGGAUCCUUGCCUGAGGUCUGGUUCGGGUUCGAUAAGUGAGAUUUUGAGAUGCAUUCAUAUUGGUUUGUUAUGUGUUCAAGAGAACCCGGUCGAUAGGCCAACAAUGGCUUCUGUUGUACUAAUGCUUAAUAGCUUCUCGUUAACUCUGGCGGCUCCUUCUGAACCUGCGUUCUAUAUGCCGAGUGACUAUGGCUCGGAUUCUUCACUCCUUCAGGAUCAUCGUUUGAGGGAAUCCGACUAUAAAAAUUCAUCGAAAAGCAGCAUACCAUCCGAUAAGUCUUCAUCAAGAAAUGAUGCAUCGAUCACGGACUUAUAUCCACGUUGAUCUGUGAGAAGAUUCACAAAGUUUUAUAUGUGGGGACUGUUGUUAACUUGUUAUAUUAUGUUGUCUGAAUGAAUACUUGUUCAUUUUUCAGUUGCACUACACUAUUCAUGUCGUGUGUUUCCAUUUUUUGUAGCAUCAUGUACAUCAUUUAGUAAGUAAGUUCUAUUUAGGCUGUUUUACUGGUUAUUGUGAUAUCUAGUGUGCAAUAGGUUUCCUUCACAGACCAGAGUGUGGCUUAUCCCCUAUAUUAGAACGUGUUGAGCUUAAGUGACAGACUUGCAUGCAGGGACGUAGCCAGAAAUUUUUUUGAUCUGGGACUGGGACUGCAUAUUAUUGUAGCUAUUAUUGGAAUCGAGUAGACAUGGUCAUGCGCCGACCCAGCCUGUCGGUUCGAGCAGAACCGACAGAAACCGACCCGUUCACCAUGGGUCUUGAACCGGCCCAUGGUUUUAACAAGUUCGGUUCAUGUACAAUAUUUUAAAGUUUAUACAUUUUGAACCGGCGGUUUUGGUUCCGACCUGGAACAGGAACUCGAGGUUCGGCUUUUUUUCAAAAAAUAUAUUAUUUUUUAAUUAUUUUUUAUUUUUUUUAAUGAACCGGACGACCAAGAACCGACAGUUCAAUGAACCGGCCCGUGCAUAUGUUCGUGCUGGUUUAGGGUCCUCCAUCUCUU